AAAAAAACUUGUACUGCACCGGCGCGGCACAAGCACAAAUCUCGCGAGCGGGACAGGUGACGGUGACUCCAUCCUGUAUAAGACAGCAGCGGCGACGCGUCUCGCUGUUCGCCUCAACCCUAGACGCCCAAAUCCAUCCCCGAUUCGCCCUGCUUCAUCGGGAACAACUUGCGCGAUAAUGACAGCGAAGGCCGUGAGAAACAAGGGCCGGGUUAUUGAUCGCACACCAGGUGUGAGUAGGGAGCAGGGAGCCAUAAAUAGAAGGAACAAAAUUGAGCCAUCAAAACGCUCGAGUGAUGGAACAAAAGGCUACACAAGGGCUAUAAACAGACUGCUAAAACUCCAAGAAAUGGAGGCGGCAUUGGUUGAUGCCGAGAUGAAACGAUGUGCUGCUGAGGAGGAACUAUUUUUCAAACUACCUGAUCGAGUUGCUUCGGGCACUACUUUUGAAGAGAAAUCAUUUGGCUAUUCAGUCCCAUCUGAUCAAGAAAUUUAUCGAGAUUUAUCUUCCAUUGUCGUCUCACUUGCUCUUUUUGAUGGAAAUAAGAUGUUAUUUGCAUGCUCAGGCAUACCUCUACCACGCGGGAACUCUAAACUUCACCUAACAAGAUUUGUGACUUCAGCACAUUUGGUUGCAGAAUUCAACAAAAAUAGAAAUAAAGAUGAACAAUUGAGGAUUGAAGUGUGCCUUCCUGAUAGAAGAACUAUCGAUGGGCUUUUGGGACUAUAUGACGAUGAUAUUGCUAUUGUCACAUCGUUAGGCCUCCAAUUCGCUGUCCAUCCUGUAGAUCUGGAUCUUGAAGCAACUGUUGUCGGUCCUGAUGAUAGUGUGCUAUCUGUUGGGCGCGCUUUCAAGUCAGGCAGUUUGAUGACCAUGGAUGCGUCUAGGAUAAUAUCGGACGGCACCUGGGUUUCUGAUAGCCAAAAUUUCUCAGAGGCUGUACUUGGAGGACCACUUAUGGUAAAGACGAUUAAUGGAAAUGGUGUGAGAUUUCUUGGGAUGAAUCUUGGUUGUUAUCAUGAGGAUGCAAAUGUCAAAUACCGCUUCCUUCCACAGAAGUUACUACAUGAACGCUUGAAGCAUUUUCAGAUACUCAAUCCUAAAGAACUCCACUUCCGUGAAUAUUCAUUGCCUAAAGAUGUAUCAAGCAUAGUCCCUUCAGGAUUUGUGAGAACAAUUAAUCGUAUGAAAUCCUUAGGCUAUCCCAUGCCGCCGCCACUUAUGCUUGAGCUAAAUGGGCAAUUGCUUAACGAUUUUGAAGGGUACUUUGGUGAAGUACGUGCUUGGAAAGGGUAUCCUUUCGGUUAUCCACCUGUUGGUUCUGAGAAAUGUGUCUGGGAGCAUCUUUCAAAAGAAGUUGUGACAAAUAUAUCACGUCGUGUUGUCAAACUUGCUUCAUUCAAUGGGCCGAGUAGGUUUUUUGCAUGCACAGGCUUGCUUAUAAGGUGGCAUGCGCACACCUUCAUCCUGACUUCAGCCAGUUUGGUUAGAAGCCGCCUUCAUCACGAAAAAAUUGAUAAUAGCUUGACGAUUGAGGUGUUCCUCCCACCAAAUCAGCGUGUUAGUGGGACAUUGGCAUUGUAUAAUUUAAAUUAUAAUUUUGCUAUUGUCAGCGUUGAGAAGAAUUUUCAUGCUGUUCGUCCAGAAGACAUUUUCAAUGAAAGCCCAAAGGCAUUUGAAAAGGUAAUAGCAGUAGGGCGAGACGCAGAUCAAGGACUGUUAAUGGCCUCAAUUGGUGAAGUGAAGCGUAGAAACAAGGACACUAAACUUAACUGCAGAGAUCUUAAGCUAUCCACUUGUAAAAUCAAUAAGGCUGGGAUUGGAGGCCCUCUUGUUGAUGUUGAUGGGAGUUUGGUUGGCAUGAAUUUCUAUGAUGGGAGUAAACUAACUCCUUUCUUGCCAAAGAGUAAGAUUGUCAAUGCUUUGAGAGGGGUGAAAAAUUUUGCACUACCACUGAAAAGAGGAUUAUCCUACAAAGUAUGUGUUGUUCCCAUGCAAAUAAACAAUAAAGGCGCUCCAAUCCGCAAGAAGCGGAAAAUGAAAACCAGGUGGCCUGUGCCCGAGCCAUAUUGGUAUCAUGGUGCCCUUGAUGUGGAUAGGUAUGAUGUACCCAUUCUUCGUGGAAGGAGACUUCAUUAGCCAUCAUCACGCUGUCAGAGUAUCUAAGGGACCAUUUUAAUUUUCAUCUAGCAAGCAUCUAAUGGGCCUGUAGUGAAGUUCCCUGUUCUUUUCUUUUUGAAAAGUUAUGUGUGCUUCUGUUCAUCAAACAUGUAUUUGACAGAUCUGCGUAGAAUAUUAUGUGCAAGUUGGACUGCUUAGUAAUGAAUUGCCUGUGUGCACUUACAACUUUUCGUCA